AUGUCUGGCCGGUCUAGCCAACCCAUAUUUGUCACUCCAGCCCCAGGUGAGGCAGAGAGUUCUCAGAUGGCGGAGAUCCGCGCCGAGAAGCGCCCUGCGGACGCAACGAUCAAGACGGAAGAGCCACCCGCGCAGCGUCCGAGACUCAUAGCAGGCUCUUCGGCUGCCACGGUAAUCGUGAUUGACGAUGAUGCCGAUAACGAUAACGAUGAAGAGAGUACGUCCCUCCCUUCGCUCUUUGCCGCAUGCACACUCUGCUAACACGAGAUUCUCCCAACCAGACCAAAUUCUCGUCGAUAUCGAGCACAUCGACCGAAAAAAGAUUCCCAAAGACCAAGUCCUCCCAUUCGUCCAGGAAGAGCUCGGCAAGGUCUACGAGCGUCGGGCCCGCGAGGCGGUGCCGGGGUCCCGACUCUCCAGCACGCUCGAAGACAUUCGCGUUCUGAUUCAGCAUUCCCCCAAGACGAAGAUCAUGAAGCGCUACCGGAACAGCUGGAAAAGGAUUCUAACCCGGGCUAAGAUCGCUCUCUCGGAAGAGCUCGACAGGACGGAAAGCGCGAUGGAGGUGUUGGAGCGCGACGACGAUGUCGAAGUUAUUGAUAGGCAGGUUUUGAAGAGGAUGAAACUUCGGCUGAAGCGUGCGGAGGUGGAUGCUAAGAAGGCGGAGGAUCUGGUUGCUUUUUUGGAGGGUCAUUGA